CGUCGAGACGAGAAGUCGAUUCGAAUCGGAAGAAGCGACGGUGCUACGCGGAAAGUUCACAAGAGUUUUGUCGGGGCAGUUUGUCGGGGCGGCGAAUAAUGUGUUUAAAAAUACCAGUGCCUUGUGAAUAGAUCGCCUUUAAGAUGAGCAAGAAAAUGUGGAAUAAGAUCUUCAAAUCAAAGUCUCAGAAGUCUCAGCCAUUGGGCAAGAUCAAUAAGCGGCACAGUCGUGGAAUUUACGAGGAGUACCAGCAAUUAAAUGAUUUGCUGGCCGGUGAAAAAGCGCAACUUAAUUUCAACCAAAACGAAAAGGAAAAUGACCAUGGAAAUGGCUGUGGAAAUGCGAAUGGAAAUGCCAACAUUAACGUUUUCGAGCAACAGCCGCAGCAAAGUUCUUUCAACUCGUUGCAGCUUAGUGAGGCGCAACAGCAACAUCACCAGCAACUGCAGCAGCAGCAACAGCAACAACUGUCAACAUUUUCCCGCGUUCGGAACACAUUUUCAUUGAAACGCAAUAAAAAACAGCCAACUAAUGCCAAGUCAAGUGAGUCGGACACGCCUUCAAGUGUGGGCGCAGCAUCAAAAAUUGAUGAAAUUGCAACUGCAGCAACUGUAACAGCAGCAACUGCAGCAACAUCAGCAAUAUUAACCAAUCAAAGCCACUGCAAUCAACUGCAACGCGUCUUAAUCGUUGUCAAUAAGAUCGAUGUGGCCACUAACAGUCCGACUAACCACCAUUUGCAUGCCAAUCCAACAAAACCAACAGCUUCUGCAAUUAAAUCAACUAUCAACGCCACCACGGAUCUGGACGCCGAGGACACUAUCCGGGGCACGGACGACGAUCCGCUGCCCCCGCCGCCGCCGCCUUUGACCAGCGGUCUGCCUGUUCCAGUGCCGGAGCACGUCCCCAUCCAAAGCAGCGACCUGACACCAUGUCCCUGCUGCAGUCGCACCUUCAACCUGAGUGCCCUUCGCAAACACGUCGUCAUCUGUGAGAAGUCGUCCAAGAAGCGCAAGGUUUUCGACUCGUCCCGUCAGCGCCGUGAGGGCACCUCCUUGUCCACCUAUGUGCUGCCCAAGAACUUUGGCCUGCCGAAUGCGGAACGUAAUCCAGGGGUCUCGCCAUCGUCCCAAAACCGGGAGGCAGCACCAGAGCCCGUUAGCUCGCCCCUACCCGUCCGUCGCAAAUCACAAACCGAAAUGGUUCGCUCCACAGCUCGAGCUUCUCUGCGCAAGGCAGCCUCCACCCUCUCCAACAACUCUGGGGAUUCAGCACCAUUGGCCACGGCUCCAGUGGCGGCUGCCACACCAUCUCCGGCUGCAGCUCCACCAGCACCGAGGGAACGAUCUUUGGCCAAACGCAUCAAGGCACCUGCCUGCGAUCGCUGCCCCCAUUGCGACCGCAGCUUCAACCCGAAGGCCUUCGACCGCCACGUGGAGUGGUGCAAGGAGAAGGCCAUACAGGCCACAAUGAAGUCUGGGAACUCCCAGGAGACAAGCAAGGCAAAGGAACGUUUGGAGGCAAGGAAACAGUACCGGCCACCCAAUCUAAAGACGAAGCGAUCCCUCGCCCGGGACAAGUACUCCGGUCACCACGAGGAGGUACUGGAAGCGGGAGACAUGUCAGCACCCAAGCCUAACAUGAUGUCUCUAUCGAUGACCUCGUCCGUGCACAGCGAUAACAAUCAAAUGGUUAAGGUUCGAGGCGAACCCUCUCGCGGCACCACCCAGGUCACCAACAACCAGAUGAGCCUGUACAGGCCAAAUGACGAGGAUCCGCCGUCUUCGCCGCCACCCAGGGAGCGGAUAAGCCACCGUUCCAAGCGCAAGCCGUCGGAGGCCUGCAGCGAAAUCGACGAGACCAUGGACCGGCUGAGGCGCGUGGAGCCCCAAGCGCUCAAGCCCGCCCGGAGCCGCAAGAGUGGAUCCCGGCGGGACAAACUGGAGAUGGGCGACAAGGAGAUCAGCCUGCCCAAUCUUCCGCAAGUAACCAUGACUUUUGAUGAGCUCAACGGGUUGAUCAAGCGCAAAGGUGGAACACCAAUCUGCAAUGUCCAAUUGGAUGAUCAAGAAAUCGCCCGCUUGGCGGCCAAAACCUCCCAUACCUCUAUACCACUGGUGCGCCAGGCACGUAGACGCCUCCGGAACCGGGAGAAUCCAAAUCUUGAGCUGCGCGCUCUGGAACAAGAUGCAGUCCUGCCCAAUAAUGUGGAGUUUGCCUCGCUCGACUCAAGUUUGGUGCCUCUGCACCGGAAGCAACGCGAAGCAACCUUCUCCGUCUCCGAGGACGAGUCUCCUCGAGCCGAGAUUCAGAUAAAGCUGGAGUCCACCACCAUGCGCACCUUGUGCCGGCCUAAGAAGCGUUCCGGGGCAGGUUUCACUGGUGCCCUGAGUAGCUCGGAGCCCAUGAGAGCUUUGCCGAUGCCCCAACUGAAGCAGAGUCUGGAGGCCAUCAAUCAAUCCAUUGGGAAGGUCUCCCUACCACGCUUGGAGCUGGGGAACGAGAUAAAAGAACAGGAGGCCUACGAUCAAGAUGAAGAGACCAGCGAACUUGACUUCGACGAUGACCUGGAGAAGGACGAUACCCGAGUGGUGGUGGAGGAGCCACUGAGUGAGGAAGAGGAGGAGAUAGUGGCGGCAGUGGAGGAGCCAGUGAUGACCCUGCCGCCCCUGAUCAAGCAGGGCAACAACGUUAGCCGUCGCCUGGUGCUCCUCGAGCAGGACGAGAAUGGCACCAUGUACAUCAAGACAGCUCCCAAUGGCAAGCGCCGCUUGAAGAGCGGCCUUGGCGAUAAAUACGACCCCUUCCUUUCGGCCAAGCGGCAGCUGGAGGAGCUCUGCUCACCCAACACGCCGCCGCCGCAGGAGGAGGUCGUACCGACCCCCAACAAACCUAAGACACCAUUGACAGCUACACCUUUCGCCGCACCCAGUAUAUCCAUGACCACCUCCCUGACCUCUUCCGGCCUGGGCAGUCGACCUGCCCAAGUCACACCCAAGGUUCAGCCAGUCUCCAACUUCAGACGCACAUCGUCCCUCAGGGGACCACGCAGGACGCCCCUGCUGCCCAGUCGACCGCUGUUCGCCACCAACUAUCGGCCCACCAUCCAAAGAGGUCUGUCCGACGAAGGACCCAUCUCUACGAAUUUCCUGAAGCCAGAAGAGUACGAUGAGAUGCCUGUCCGGGCUGCCUGUGGUAACGAUUUCCAUAGUCCGAGGGUUGUGCGCCGCGAUACGAGUGCCUCCAACCGGAAACAGAUGAUGAAGCUGCCAGUGGGUGGAGUGUCCACUGAGACCGAUACCUCGUCUCCGCAGCCGACGCGGAGUGUGGCCAAGACCGAUUCCCUGGCCGUGUUCCUGAAAUACGAGCACGAGCUGGAGCAGUUGAAUGCCAAGGCGGCGGCGGCUACUGAACUGGCUACUCAGCUAACUAGCAAGGACCUGAAGGACAAGAGCAACAAUCUGAGCAAGCAGAACUCUGCCAAGAGCCUGGCCCAGAGCACGCCCACGACCACCACGCAGCUUCCGCCCUUGACGCCGGUGGCUCCCACGCCUCAAUCCCCAACUGUGGUUAAGGAGAACAGCAGCUACCCGCCCAUAGUCACUCCUUUGCGGCUGGAACCCAUCAACAAGCCAGUGACGCCCAUCAAGCUGGAGAGCAUCUUCGGGCCCAGACGGGAGAUUGGUUUGGGAUCGGGCCUCGGAUCCACAACUGGUUCUGUGGCCGGAGAUUAUAUAGAUCCCAAGUUGAUCAAUGCCUGCGACAACCUGCAUGUGAAUAGUGGUGUUUCCUCCGAUGCUAGUUCCACGCCGCAGCAAUUGUCCCAGAGCCGGAGCCGCAGCAGCUCCCAAUCCACCAUAGUCCACGAGAGGCGGCAGUCAGGAGAGGCCAGGAAUCUCCUUAAGCGGAAGAUGCGAUUGGGACGCAAUCAGUUCCUCUACGAUGCCUCACCCGAGGAUGCUGGAGAUGCCAGCUCUGGAUGCUCGGCGGAUGACGAGGCGAACCGGUCCUCCAUUGAAUUCGACGAGCAGUGCUGGCAGCAGCAGCAAAAGCAGCUCCUGGCCAACCCACUGCCCAUGGUGAUGCCCAUGGUGCAUGGACACAGCAAUAUGCCCACCUUCGAUGACUUUGACUUCGAGGAGUUCCUCUCCUCAUUCGAAAACGAGAAUGACGACGAGCAGUUCCCCCUGUUCAAGGACUGUCGCGAGUUCCUUCUGAAUCGCUCGACGAGCCGCCAGCGCUCGUUCCAGAAAGCGACUUCGACGCCACAACCGACAGCCACACAACAACAACAACAACAACAACACCAUCAAAACCACCAGUCCAAUAAUAACAAUAAGUCUAAAGAUGUCCACGCCCACAGGUCCGAUUCGAAUAUGUCCGGAAAUACGGAUGUCAGUAGCCAGCAUGAGGAGAUUGAGAAGCAGAGCCGCCAAGCUGAGACUGAGAAGCAGAGCCGCCAGGCAGAGAUUGAGAAGCAGAGCCGCCUGGCCGAGAUGGAGAAGCAAAGCCGCCUGACGGAGCUAGAGAUGCAGACUCGCCUGGCCGAGAUGGAGAAGCAGAGCCGCCUGGUGGAGUUGGAGACUCAAAGCCGUUUGGCGGAGCUGGAGAAACGUGCCGCCGCCGAGGAUCAACAGAAGCGGGAGAUUUUCAAUAGAAACUCAGCGGACGAUCAGCAGAAGCGGGAGAUCUUCAUUAGCAUUGAAACGGAGGCGAAUGCCCAGGGCAAAUCCCCCAUAUCGCCAGAUUCCCUCCGCCAUAUGGUCGGCAAUUCGCAGACCCCCAUCGAUGUCCUGCACAUCGAAAACGGCAACGAACCGGAGCACGCCAAGUUCAGCAAGAUUAGCGACACGGAGGACGUCGGCGAGGAGCUCGGUGAUCGGCCCAGCCAAUUGAGUUCCAAUCGACUGGUCCCGUCCUCGAGCUCUUGCGUUUUGGCUCCCAACGUGCAGUUGAAUAAUGCCAAGAACCUGAUCCAGAAGAUGCAGAGCGAUUUCCGGCAGCUAGGCGAGGAGGCGGGUGCGUCCAUGAGGCGGACCUUGAUAGCGAAUGGUGGACGAAGCGAGGAACAGCAACAGAUCAGAGAUCCAGAACCAAAUGGCCAACAGCAACACACAUUUCAACAGCAGCCACUGCAGCACCAGCAGGUAGAAGGAAGUUCUCCACCGACACCGUCGCCAUCGGCGGACUCGGAUGAGCUAAGCAGCCUGGACAGCUACACCAUGCUGUCGCGUGGGACCGGCUCCAAGAUAAGCACGGAUUCUGCAUACGGAAGCAAUUCCCCGUUCAGCUUGUCCCGUCAGCGCUCCAGUGAACUGCAACUUAUGCGUCCGCACACGGCGAGCGCCAAGUUGGCCAGCAACCUGUCCGAUGCCUCCACCCAGGCCCAAAUCAAGUACGGAACCCUCAAGGCCCGGCAGCGUCUCUUCGCCAAUAACGGGAGCAGCAUCAUCAAUAACAAUGGGAGUGGCGAUGGUGCCGAGUCGUCCAGCAGCGGAUCGGAGAACUCUCUGGAAGUGCAACAGAAUCAACAGCACCAGCAGCACCAGCAGCUUACCAGCAACUACAAUUACCAACAGCAGCAGCAGCACCAGGCCCAAUCCCCGCCAGCUUACAACAGUAACACCAUCAAUAACAACACCUCUGUACUGAUGACACCGAGCACAUCACAACACUCUCUGUUCAGCCGGCAACACUCCAGCACGUCCAGCAUGUCUUCGAGUAUGAAAAUGUCCAAAUUCUGCCACGAAUGUGGCGCCAAGUUCAUCAUUGAGCACGCCAAAUUCUGCAUGGAAUGCGGAGUUAGGCGGAUGGUACUUUAGUUUAACAUCCAAAAGUAGAUCAAAA